UUAGUAGAGGUCGCAAUGAUGCAUUUUUGCAAAGGAUGGACCUUCGGUUAAAGCCUCCUAUCCUGGUGCAUCCUUGAGUGCAUCCUCGAGUGCAUCCUCGAGUGCAUCCUCGAGUGCAUCCUCGAUUCGAUCAUUCCUCCUCAUUCGACUUGGAACGGUUGUUGGCGACGGUUGUGGAUCGACAUCCGGUGCAUCUGUGCAAACUGCAAUCUCUUUCUACUGUAAAGAGUAAUACUAUUUCUUUCUCUCUUGCACGGCGUUGCCAUUGGGUAGGAAAUAGAGUGUUUUUGUCAUUGGCUAAAAAUCGAGAAAGUCGCGAAGAAAUUCAGUAUUAUAGUUAUCGGAAAAUUCUAACCUGAAAUAGAAAAUGCGUAUUGCUGGGUGUGUUACUUCCAAGUAUAAACGAUAACAGACAUUUUUCCUGCUGCUGUCAGUUGCACGUAUGCCUGUGUUAUGUCAUCAGCAAACAGUAUAGAGUCCCUUGGGACAUUGCAAUGGGACAUGAUUGACUUGGCUGGGCAUUUAAGGCAAGAACGUUUGUUCGUUAACUCGGAACAACAGAAUUUACAAACUCUCAAUGAAAAGGUUUUAUAUAUGUCUUCGGACUUGGCUCAACAAGCAUGGGUUACAGCACAACAGAGAGUUAAUUUAAAUCGUCUGAUAGUUGCAAGGCCUGAUUGUACGCCAGCUUCUUGCUGUUACAAAGCAAAUACUCUUGAAAAUUCCAAUUUUAUUGAUGCAUACAAGCAUUUAAAUUAUCAAGCAUGCUUAUCUUACGGAGAAUUUCUCGGUGCUCUUCGAAAGUCACCUAAAUUACUUGCAUCUAGUUUAGUCGUGGGAGAUAAAAUAAUUCCAGAAGCAAUUCAAGGCAUUGUACAAUCUUUGGCUGCUGGAUUAUAUGGGAGCUGCUUGUUACCAGAAGAUAAAAUCUUAGUUCUCAAACUUUUAAGGCAUUUAAUGCUUUUACAAAUAAUACCUUCGGAUAAUCCACGAAGACUUCUUAGACAUUGCACAUGUGCAUUUUCUAGAUUUUAUUCCUUCUUUCACGAAAGCCUUUUCUCCGCAAAAUUCUUUUUAACUGCUGCAUUACAUAUCCCUAUUAUACAGUUGCUUAUGGAAGAUGAAAUAUUUUUGGAUAUCGAUCCAGACAAAGUACCCAUCAGAUUUCAGCCUACGGAAAGAUUGAAGAAAUUUGGAAAGGAAGGUACUCCCGAAUAUCAGGCAAAGCUACAAAGAUAUAGACUAUGGACGGUUAACUCUUUGCAUCGUAUUACACAGAGGUUCAUUAUCAGUAUUAGAGAGAAUAUGCAUUGUUUUCCUACCAGUAUUUAUUGGCUUGUUAGACAAAUGGCUGGACUUCUUAGUAAAAAUGGAAAUGUGGAACCGAAAGAAGUACACGCUAUGUGCACAGAUCUUGUAUUUACAUAUUUCAUAUGUCCAGCGAUAGUUAAUCCAGAACCAUAUGGUAUUACAGAUGCACCGAUAAGUUAUAUAGCAAGAUUUAAUCUCAUGCAAGUGGGACAGAUUUUACAAAUACUUUCACUCAUGAAAUAUCAAACUAUCGAUACAAAAGCAUUUGACUUGUAUAGAAGAUUUGAAAAAGAUUCUGUGUCUUCCAUAAUUGAUGUAAUGUUGGAAGGUGCAACAGAAGAUUUGGAAGAAGAACCUACUAUAAUUGAUAAUAAUAAACUUCAAGGCCUGUGUCGUUCUGCUGCAUUAUUUACAGAAAAUGAAUUGAAUACUCUGAUUACAUUUUUACAUACAAUAGCAAAUGAUACCAAUGUGGAUAGCAUUUCGCAAAUGAGCACAUUCGAUAAAAAGCAAUUAACUGAUAUGCUUUCGCAGCUGCCUUUGGGAUCGCUAAACAGUAACUCUAAAGUUUCUAAUAAUAUUUAUUUGGAAACACCCAAUAAAAAAGGUGGUUUCUUAGGAAAAGGGAAAGAUCGAGUUACUAGAAUGUCCUCAUCCCCUUCUAAUGUAACAACAGAUAUUCAAGAUGAAACAAAUGGUACUUCGACACCCGAAGAUGAAUUUUCGGAUAAAAAUUCGCAAGAUGUAUUAGUUAUUCCAUUUGGUCCAACGAUUGGUGAAUCCGUUGGAUUACUUAGCGAACAAAAAGUUUUAUGCAUGGAACUCCAAAAUAAUACAGAAAAUAGUUCUGUUACAUUGAAUCUUGCCGAUGAUAUGGUAAAUGGUCACAAUAGAAGGGAUUCAAACAGUGCUGAACGUUUAGAAACGCAAGAGAAAAGAACAAGGUUUUCUUUGGCUCAUGAUGAAGUGUUAUUUGAAGGUUCUAUUGGUAACACAUCAGAUAAUCUAGAAGCCGUUUCAGAAGCUGCCUCUAAUCAUAGCGUUGCAUCUUCGUUAGAAUUAGAAACAGAAGAUCAGAAUGAUAAUUUGUCGGAUAUGGUAUCAGCCAAUGUGUCAGGAAGAGGAACACCGAAUAUUUCUGGUCGCGAUACACCAUCGUCUCAAAUCACGGAAGGUGAUGACGGUCGCAUUGCAGGUGAAGCAAGACAGUUGGAUUUACCUCCACCAAAUAUUCCUACUAAACAAAGUCGUUCGGAAAUAGACGAUAAAUUUUGUAAAUUUGAAAUUAAAAAACUUAUUGAAGGAGAUGAAACAGUUUCUAUGGUUUCUGAUACGUGGUCCACCGAUGUAUUGGCGUCAGAUAGCGAAAUAGUAGAACAACAGGAAAGAAUUAUUUAUCCUCCUUCUUUGGAACAAAUUCCACCAGCAUUACCUUCAGAAAAUGCUCAAGCAAUGUUGGAUAUUAGUGAAACUGCAUCUGAAGCAUGGAGUACGGAUGUACUAGCUAGUGAUUCAGAAAGACUUACGGAAGUGGACAUGGAUGAUACAGCUAGCGUUGCUAGAUCCGAUGAUACAACUAGAUCUGAGAUAGAAGUUGAAUGUCGCGGCGAAGCGGAAGCUGGUGCAGAAUUAUUACCAUCUGCUGCACCAUCUUUAGGAACAGAUGAUCCUUCUGGAAUUGUUUUUCAUCCAAUACCUGGAAUUCAAGAAGAUUCUGCUAUUCAACUCGUAGCACCGAUUCCCGAAUCACCUUCAUCUUCUAACGUAACUGGUCGUGGUGGAACUAGAUCUGAUUAUAGAAGAAGCACAAUGGAAUAUGUUGAUAAAAAUGCUAAUACCAUAAGUAACGCAGAUUAUGGCAAAACAUACCACGAAGACAGUCUUGUCCAAUUGAUAAACAAAUUGCAAAUUGAUAAUGAUCCGAAUCUUGUUGAUCAAGCAGCAAAUAAUCAUAUUGCUACUGCUGCAGUUACUUCUGCAUUGUUAUUGGCUAAUCAUAUUUCUGCUCCGACGCUAUCUAAUGAAAAAUUGCGUAAUGGUGAUGUCAAAGGCGAAGAAUCAGAAAGUUCAUUGACUGUUGUCGACGAUGUGGUGGUAAGAUUAAGUACAACGAGUUUAACAUCUAGCAGUAGCUCCGGAUCGGAAACACGAGCAAAGAAUAAUGCAUCGUCGUCGUCCGAAUUGCCAUUAUCACCACCGAUAAUAAACGGUAGUAGUUGCGACGUGACUGAUAGCGUUGUUUCCAAUUUCCAUAAACCAGCAGCAUCUACAGGAGCUAUUCCAAAAAGUAUAAGUUUUGAUAAAACUGCCGAGCGUGGCGAUAAGGAACUUCUAGACGAUGAUCAAAAGAACAAACGCGGCUUUUUUGGAAAAUUAAAGAUGUCGCUUAGAAAUCGUCGAGGAAAAGUUAUACGAGGAACUGAUGAUUUGAGAUGUUACGAUAGAGAAGCUGGUGGUGACGGUAUGGAUAUAGGAAAGCACCGAUUACGUAGAAUCAUGUCCGAAGAUGUAACCUCGGCUGGAAAUAUUAUUGAUAGUUCCGAUGAUAUUUUGGCAAAAUAUAGAAGAAAGCCUAGUACAGCUAGUGACACUGCUUCCGUUGAAAGUAAUCAAUCGCGUACGAAGGAAGCAGAAGAUGAAAGACUUUCAAUAGAUCCAAAUAACGUAGAACUCUCUUUUGCUUUCGCCGAUGCAAAACGAAAAUUACGCAUGGUACUUAGUAAUGCCGAUCUUCAAUACAUUCCAUGGAACUUUGCAUCCGAGAGAAGCAGUUGGUCGCCAAAGGAAAACGAAUUGGUUUCUUUUCUUCAACUUCAAUUGGCUGAGGCCAUCAACUUGCAGGAUAGAUCUUUGAUAGCUCAUUUACACGAGACUUUAAGAUGCGUUCGAUUAUUUAAUGACGACGGCUGCAGGAAAUUAUUCAAAUCUUUGAGAGAAGAUUAUCAAAGACGAUCACCUUACAUCGCAUACUUGAUCAGAUGCCGUCAGGGCUUAUUAUCAACGUUAGCUCAUUUAGACAGGUUACGCGUUCGAGUAAAAUGUGAUCGCGAUGCUGUUAACAAUCAUCUCGUAUCCGUUUUUGUAAGAGUGUUUCUGGAGAAAAGAGAGAUAUUAUUUUUACGUUUUUGCGAUGAAUUCAAGAAACUUACAUUGACGGACGAAAAGCAAGAUCUGGUUGAUAACUUCUUGAGUAAAAUUCACGUUGAAAUGGAUAAUGAUCCAAUUUGGCAAGCCGCAAGCGAGUCUCAAUUGGAGUUAGCCAGAGUCGUCGUUGAACGAACUGUUAUGGCUCGGGUGUAUCAUAAUGCUCUUUAUCCAAAUGGAGAUGGAGAUGUAUAUAGAGAUCAGCUUCUUUAUGAUCACAUUAAAAAACUUGCUAAGGUCAUAACGCCUAAUCACAAGGAUUUACGCAUUCCAAAGGUUUAUCAUUACGAAUGUCCUUGGCCAUGGGCACAAGCAGAAUUGGCUGUUAUUUCUGCAUACAAGACACCCAGAGAUAAAUUGCAAUGCGUAUUUCGUUGCGCUACAACGAUAAUGAACCUUUUGUCUAUGGCUUCCGAAAGAGGUAUACCUGCUGCUGACGAUUUAAUUCCCGUAUUCGUUUACGUCAUCAUAAAGACUAAUCCACCAUCUUUAUUAUCAACUAUUCAAUAUGUAGAUAGUUUUUAUGGAAAUCGAUUAGAAGGGGAAGAACAAUAUUGGUGGACUCAAUUUUGUUCGGCGAUCGAGUUCAUUAAAACUAUGGAUUAAAUAUAUUUGCAAGAGAUUAUUUUAAUAUAGCAUAAUAACAAAUGGGUUGCACAGAGAUUAAUUAAUUAAUUUAAAGCUAUAGCAGCGUUGUAACAUAAUUAUUAUUCAAAUAAUUUCAUAAAUAUCGUGAUUUUACCGUGUAAAGCUAAAACAAGGCAGUGAUAAAAGUUAUAUUUCCCACAUUUAAUGCUAAAUACUUACCAAAUAGCAUUGAUUUUUGCUUUUCGAUUGAAAUUUAAUAAGUAGAGAUAUAAUAUCUAUUCCAAGUACUUUUAUAAUUAAUGUAAUAAUAUGGAACUAUACACUUGUUAGCGUUAAGUAAUAAGACAGACAAAAUGCGAAAGUUCGUGUGUAAAUAAAAAAACAAACA